AUGAGACUCCGUUGGAUGCAAAUCAUGAAGGGAAUAUUUCUAAUUAUAUUUGUGAUGAUGAUCAACGGUUUGGAUGCUCAACGUCGCCGGAUUCUUGUCGACACGGAUGCGGAUGUAGAUGACAUUUUUGCUCUCUUCUAUCUCUUAAAGCAAAACAAGUCAGAAUUCGAUUUGCAGGCAAUUACCAUAAAUGCAAAUGGAUGGAGUGAUGGAGGGCAUGCAGUUAACCACGUGUACGACAUUCUGUUCAUGAUGGAUCGUGAUGACAUUCCAGUUGGUGUUGGUGGUGAAGGUGGCAUCUUUCCUAACGCUACCAUUCUUUCAAAUGUUGGUGGAUUCCUUCCCAUUAUUGACCAGGGUACAUCGACAGCUGGAGAAUGUAGAUAUAGACAGGCAAUACCAGUGGGACGUGGUGGUCGUCUGGAUAUUAAUACAAACUAUGGUUUACGUACAGCUUUCCUUCCUCGGGGUAACAGAAGAUACAAACCACUUCGGCAACCCACAGCUCAACAGGUGAUGAUAGAUGCAAUCUCUGCAGGUCCUAUAACUGUGUUUCUCAUGGGGGCCCACACAAAUUUAGCUGUAUUUCUAAUGACCAAUCCUCACCUUAAGAAGAAUGUGGAGCAUAUUUAUGCCAUGGGUGGCUCUAUUGGACCAAACAUGUAUGGUGAAAUUGGCAAUUUGUAUCCUCAAGAUAGUAAUCCAUAUGCAGAAUUUAAUAUCUUUCAAGACCCUUUUGCUGCUUACACGGUUUUGCACUCUGGUAUUCCAAUCACACUCAUUCCUCUGGACGCGACGAGAACGAUUCCUGUAGAUGAAAACUUUUUCUCAGCAUUUGAACAGAAACAGGACACUUAUGAAGCAAAGUAUUGCUUCCAGUCCUUGAAGAUGGUUCGUGACACAUGGAUUAAUAGUGAAUUUUAUAAGCAAUAUUGCAUGUGGGACUCUUUCAUGGCUGGUGUAGCACUAUCUCAAAUGCGUAAUGAUGGAGAAAAUGAAUUUGCUGAGAUGGAGUACGUGAACAUCACAGUAGUUACGUCCAAUGAACCUUAUGGAAUUAUGUCAGAUGGCCCAAAUCCUCUCAUUGAUGAGAGGCCUAUCACAAAGUUAAGUGUACCUGAUAAGAAUGGGGUGCAUAGUGGUCACGUUCAGCUUGGAAUGCAAGACCCCUUUUGCCUCAAUAAGGGAAAGAAAGGGAGGUGUCAGGACGGUUACACAAAGAAGGUAACUGGUGAGGAAGCAGUGCAAGUUCAUAUUGCGACAAAAGCCAGACAAAACCGUGACAAAAGCAGCUCACUUAGCAAGGAGUUUUAUAAGAAUUUCUUGGAUGUCAUGAACCGUCCAGCACAAAGUGGACGGUUUAAUAUCACAACGCAGUUUCCUUACUACGAGGAAACAUUUUACAAACCGGACUUUGUGAGGCAAAUAAAAGGGAAAGCUGUUAUUUUUGACAUGGACAUGAGCGUUGGGGACUUCCUAGCUCUUUUCUAUCUUCUGAAAUUACCUGUACAACUCAUCGACGUCAAGGGAAUACUGAUUAGUGGAAAUGGGUGGGCGAGUGCUGCGACAGUGGAUGUUGUAUACGACGUACUACACAUGAUGGGACGUGAUGAUAUGCCAGUUGGCCUUGGAGAUGUCUUUGCGAUGGGCCAAACCCACUCGGCUUUCCCUGCCAUUGGAGACUGCACUUACAUCAAAUACGUGCCUCAUGGCAGUGGUGGCUUCUUGGAUUCCGACACUCUCUAUGGACUCGCUCGUCACUUGCCUCGCAGUCCCAGAAGAUAUACGGCAGAAAACUCUGUUAAAUUUGGAGCUCCUCGAGAUACUGAUCACCCUGAACUUAGACAAUCAAGUGCCUUGGAUGUUUGGAAGAUGAUUGCAAAGUCACUAGUUCCUGGAGAUAAGAUUAGUAUAUUGACCAAUGGUCCGUUAACAAAUUUAGCGCAAAUUAUUCUUUCUGAUCACAAGACAAAUUCUAUUAUCCAGGAUAUAUACAUUGUUGGAGGACAAAUUAGCCGUGGCAAAGAGAAAGGAAAUCUCUUCACUGUUCCAUCAAAUGAGUAUGCAGAAUUCAACAUGUUCCUUGAUCCUUUAGCUGCAAAGACGGUUUUGGACUCGAAACUUAACAUUACGUUGAUUCCACUGCGCAUGCAAAAGCGAGUUGGUUCUUUCCACAAGAUUCUUCAUAAAUUGAAGAAGACAAAUAGGACUUCUGAAGCUGUAUUUGCCCGGCGUCUGCUUCUGAGACUGAGGCAAUUGCAACAGAAGGAUCAUAGAUAUCUUCAUAUGGAUAUGUUUUUGGGAGAAAUCCUUGGUGCAGUAAUCUUUGCAGCUGAGAACCACCCUCAACUAAACCAAAAGUUUAAAUUUAAGUCUCUCAAGCUCUUGGCAGAAGGAGAUACAUCAAAGCUUGGACAGAUUAUCAUUGAUGAGCAUCAAGGAAAAAAGGUGAAAGUGUUGGAAAGUAUAAAUCCAGAGGCAUAUUAUGACCAUUUUGGUAAUCAGUUAGGUGAUCACAGGCAAUCUGCUGUUAUAGGAAGUUAUGAUGAACAGAAGAGAAUAUGGAGUUAUACCCCACCAAAGAGAACUGAAAAUAUUAUCUAUGAUGCUAACUUGCUGAUUCCCUGUCAAAUCUGCCACGUAGGAGUUCAAGAACUGUUAUUUGAGAUUAGUGGCAUUGGCAUAUAUGAAGAAUAA